UAGUAAUAUCAGUGGAGAUCAAUGGGAUCUGAAGAAAAUGAAAGUCUCUCUUCAUUCACUUCCUCUAAUAAAACUGAAAAGUGUUUGCUUAAAGCACAAGGAUAAAAGAGCUCCCAUUACCAGUUCACAUAGUUAAGAGAAUCUUUCCCAGAAAAUUAUCACAACCCUCUUAAUUCCUUUCCUCAUACACCUUCUAAGACUUUUACAAACCACUACAGUAAACCAAGUUGUAACUCUUCCACAAUCUCUGCUCAUGUCAGGUGUGAGUUUGGGUCUUGCCUCGAUGUCUGAGUGGUCUUCUCCCUUCCCUUCUCCCACCCCCUUUCCCUCAUGUGACUAUAGUGAAUGGUCUCCAACCUGGGUGCUCAUUCCAAGUGUGUACCUCCUGGUUUUUGUCGUGGGCUCCCUAGGUAAUGGCCUGGUCCUGUGGGCAUACCUGGACCGCAGAACAAGAGGACGAGGGAGGAUGGGAAGCUGUGGGAAACUUUCCCAGACCCCUGAUCCAACUCCAAGGCCUUCCCCCACAUCUGGUUCAGUGACAGAGUCUUUAAUAGCCAAUUUAGCAUUGGCUGACUUGGCUUUCGUUAUGACCCUGCCAUUAUGGGCGGCAUACACAGCAUUGGGCUACCACUGGCCAUUUGGCCCCUUUCUGUGCCGGGUGAGCAGUUACAUAGUGGCUCUGAACAUGUAUGCAAGUGUUUUUUCUUUGACUGGGCUCAGUGUGGAGCGUUAUUGUGUCAUCACACGACGCUGUGGUAACAGCACACAACGAUGUGGAUCAACCACACGGGCCAAAUGGAUUGUGGGCUGUGUUUGGGUGGCAGCAGGAAUCCUGGCACUUCCUGCUCUCCUUCUACGGACCGUUAGGGAGGUGGACAUGGAAGCGGGACCGGAUGGUGACUGGCAGGAUGGACGGGCAUACUUUUGCUUGUGUGAUAUGGACUACUCCAGUUUAAUCUCAAGCGAGCUGGACCCAGCAGCUGCGGAGCAGGCAGAGCUGAUGUGGUCAGCAGCUUUGGGGUUAAAGUCGACUGUGCUCGGCUUCCUGCUUCCUCUGGUAGUGCUUCUGCUAUGCUACGGCUUGCUGGGGCGACUCCUUUCCCGACACUUCAGGCUUGGGCCACGUCCUGAUCACGCACGUCAACGAAGGCUUCUCCGUAUCAUCAUCACCCUCGUACUGGCCUUCUUCCUCUGCUGGCUGCCUUUUCACACCAACAAGACUCUCUCAGCUUUGGUGGAAUUGGGCAUCCUUCCCUUUUCCUGUAGAUUUGAUCAGUGGUUGGUAGCAGCCCAUCCAUAUGCCAUCUGUCUGGGUUAUGUCAACAGCUGUUUAAACCCUCUGCUGUACGCUUGCUGUGACCCAGCAUUUCGUAGACACUGCAGAGGGCUGCUUGUGUGCGCAUGGAGCAAAUGCCAAGGAGCAAAGGAGCAGAAAGAUUGCAACGACAGUUCCCCAAUACCAUCAGGAACACAUGAAAUGACAGUUAGCAAAGAUGAACUAUGAAAAGUGAAAGAGAUUUGGCAAAAGAACUCUGCGAAAGAUGAAGAAUCACCGUAUAUGGAUUCUUAAGCACGAGCAUUUGUUGUCAGAUACUAAAAAAAUUCAGAGCUGGAUCUUUUCUCUGGAAAAUUCUGGAACAAGAAUGUAAGAAUCAGGCUACUGAUUUUUUCUACUAUGAGAUUUUGAAUGAACUUCAUCUUUAAGAUGCCAAGACUGUGGAAAAAGUUAAAAUAUUUUCCAUGUUUUGCCUGAUAAUAAAAAAAACUUUUAGGGGCGAGACUAAAAUGCAUGUUUGAGCUGCUCUAAUUUAAAAACACCUUGUCCUGUUUAAUGCCUGUUUUUGUAAGGUAUGUAUGUGAAAACGUCUUAAAUGACCUUAUAUUAAUAAGGCCUAGUCCCUGAUUAACCUUAACCCUCCGGAAAACCGCCCCUUUAUGUUUAACUUUUAAUACUUGCAAUGCAAUUCAAACUGUUAUAGCAUGUUUCUUCAUCUUGUAUUGAAUUAUUAAAAGCUGCUGCCAUAAGUCACAAUAUGUAAAAUAAAGCUGAUUCAAUUGUAUUUUUAA